AGCCGAAGCUGCGCGCCCAGACGCCGGCCGCCCGCGCAGCCCGACCGGAUCCGGGCGCAGCAGAGCCCGCGCGGGGCGGGGAGGAGGCGGCAGGGGGCGGCCGUCCACGCGGCGGUGCUCGGGCCAGGGCACCUGGAACCACGCGGGGGCGACGCGCGGACCGCCAGGAGUUGAACACCACUCUCACCUGCAGAACAUUCCCAUCGCCUUUGAGGAGCUCUUGCCUUAGCCUGGCCUCAGGGCAUCAUGGCUCCCCAUUUCCUGGGCUUUUUCGGUGUCCUGGGUUCCCUCCUGUUGCUCGGACUCCAGCUCGUCUGCCCGCAGCCCUCCACUGAACACAGAAAGGUCCCGCAGCGGAUGGCGGCGGAGGGCGGCCCCGAGGACGGCGGUGGCGCCCCUGGCGUGUGGGGCUCUUGGGGGCCCUGGUCCGCCUGCUCGCGCAGCUGCAAUGGCGGCGUCAAGGAGCAGACGCGCCCGUGCCUGCCCGGCUCCCCGGCGCGCGCCUUCGCAGUGUCCGGCCACGUGGUGUCGGCGGUGCGCGCGUCCGUGCCGCUGCACCGCCCCCGCGAGGAGCCGCGCGCGCCCGCCCGAGCCCGUGCCCACGCCCACGCCCAGGGCCCCGCGGCGCCGCGCGGGAGUCGGCACCCGCAGCCCCGGCCCCGCGCACCCACGGCCCAGAGAAGGAGCAGGACCCAGGGUCCCAUUGGCCCUGGCAAGUAUGGCUAUGGCAAGGCCCCGUACAUCUUACCACUGCAGACGGACACCACCCACAUGCCACAGAGGCUGCGAAGACAGAGGCCCUCAUCCCGGCCAUCCCGGUCCCAGGGGGCAUCUGCUGUCAGACAUGGCUACCGCCUGCCAGCCCACCAGCUCCCCGCCCAUGGGCCUCUGUACCAAAGCGAAAAUGGCCCUCGCUCUAGACUGCAGGCCUCGGAGGCCUCCAUCUACCAGCUACCUUUGACCCAUGACCAAGGCUUCCCUGCAGCUUCAAGUCUCUUCCACAGCCCAGAAACAAGCAACAGCCAUGGCGUGGGGGCCAACAGGGCGGAUCCGAGCUUCUCACAGCCCCUGCGAUCUGCAGCUAUCUCGUGCAUUGGGGCCUAUCGACAGUACAAGCUGUGCAACACCAAUGCAUGUCCAGAAAGCAGUAGAAGUAUCCGCGAGGUACAGUGUGCCUCUUACAACAACAAACCAUUCAUGGGCCGGUUUUAUGAAUGGGAACCAUUUGCAGAAGUAAAGGGCAAUCGCAAGUGUGAGCUGAACUGCCAGGCGAUGGGCUACCGCUUCUAUGUCCGGCAAGCUGAGAAGGUUAUCGACGGCACCCCCUGUGACCAAAAUGGCACGGCCAUCUGCGUGUCCGGACAGUGCAAGAGCAUCGGCUGUGAUGACUACCUGGGUUCUGACAAAGUCCUGGACAAGUGUGGGGUGUGUGGAGGCGACAACACGGGCUGUCAGGUGGUAUCAGGCGUGUUUAAACAUGCUCUCACCAGCCUAGGCUACCACCGUGUCGUGGAAAUCCCCCAGGGAGCCACAAAAAUCAACAUCACCGAGAUGCACAAGAGUAACAACUAUUUGGCCUUGCGAAGUCGUUCUGGCCGCUCCAUCAUCAAUGGGAACUGGGCGAUUGACCGUCCCGGGAAAUACGAGGGUGGAGGGACCAUGUUCACCUACAAACGUCCCAAUGAGAUUUCGAGCACCGCUGGAGAGUCCUUUCUGGCCGAAGGUCCCACUAACGAGAUCUUGGAUGUCUACAUGAUACACCAACAGCCCAACCCCGGCGUGCACUACGAAUACAUCAUCAUGGGCACAAAUGCCAUCAGCCCGCAGGUGCCACCUCAGAGGAGACCAGGGGAGCCCUUAAAUGGCCAGCUGGAAGCAGAAGGCAGGAGCCAGGAAGACGGAGAGGAGGAGAGGGCUGAGGAGAAGGAGGACUUGCGUGGGGAGGCCCGGGAGAUCUUCCCCUCCGAGGCGGCUCAGACCUUCCCUGUCAGGCAUCCAGACAGAUUUUCUCCCCAUCGGCCAGACAACUCAGUGCCACCAGCGCUGCAGCCCCCAAGGCGGAGCAGGGAUCACAACUGGAAACAGCUGGGGACCACAGCGUGCUCGACAACCUGCGGGAAAGGAUCGCAGUACCCGAUUUUCCGCUGCGUGCACAGAAACACUCACGAAGAGGUUCCCGAGAGCUACUGCGACCCCAACAUGAAGCCGACCCCUGAGGAGGAACCCUGCAACCUCUUCUCCUGCCCGGCCUUCUGGGACAUUGGGGAGUGGUCCGAGUGCAGCAAGACCUGUGGGCUGGGUAUGCAGCACCGCCAGGUGCUGUGCCGCCAGGUGUACGCCAACCGCAGUCUCACGGUGCAGCCCUACCGCUGCCAGCACCUGGAGAAGCCGGAGACCACGAGCACGUGCCAGCUCAAGAUCUGCAGCGAGUGGCAGAUCCGCACCGACUGGACCUCGUGCUCCGUGCCCUGCGGCGUGGGGCAGAGGAGCCGAGACGUGAAGUGCGUGAGCAACCUGGGUGACGUGGUGGCCGACGAAGAGUGCAACGUGAAGCUCCGGCCCGGCGACAUGGAGAACUGCGACCUGGGGCCCUGCGCCAAGAGCUGGUUCCUGGCAGAGUGGAGCGAGAGGUGCUCAGCGGAGUGUGGGGCUGGCGUGCGGACGCGCUCGGUGGUAUGCAUGACUAACCACGUCAGCAGCCUGCCCCUGGAGGGCUGUGGGAACAACCGGCCAGCCGAGGCCACCCCGUGUGACAACGGGCCCUGUGCAGGCAAGGUGGAGUGGUACUCGGGGAGCUGGAGCCAGUGCUCCAUCGAGUGUGGGAGUGGGACCCAGCAGCGAGAGGUGAUUUGUGUUAGGAAGGACGCAGACACCUUUGAGGUACUGGACCCCUACGAGUGCGCUUUCCUGGAGAGACCCCCCAGCCAGCAGUCCUGCCACCUCAAGCCCUGUGGGGCCAAGUGGUUUAGCACAGAAUGGAGCAUGUGCUCCAAGAGCUGCCAGGGCGGCUUCCGGGUCCGGGAAGUGCGGUGUCUGGCAGAUGACAUGACCCUAAGUAAUCUCUGUGACCCUCAGUUGAAACCAGAAGAGAGAGAAUCCUGCAACCCUCAGGACUGCGUCCCUGAAAUUGAUGAAAACUGCCAGGACAAGUACUACAACUGCAAUGUGGUGGUGCAGGCGCGGCUCUGUGUCUACAACUACUACAAGACAGCCUGCUGUGCAUCCUGUACCCGCGUGGCCGCCAGGCACACUGGCUUCCUGGGGAGCAGAUAACCCGCACCCCCUCUGGUCCCGGCCCUGCCAGGGCGCCCAGCCUGGGCACUGCCUGCCACCAUCACCACCCUCACCUCUGCCAACUGUUUCUGCAGUGCCAGGAGCUUCAUGCCAGGGUGUUAAAAGCCACGGCCAGUCCCUUAAGCGUUGCCAUGGACUCAACGACCCUGGGGACCCGGCACCUGUGACUGGUGCCCUCAGCCCUGGUGCUGUCCAAGUCAGCGGAUGUCCCUGCCAGGCGCUGCCUCGUCCCUGUGUUCCUGGCCUCUCCAAAGUGGGCACCCUUUGGAAGUCAGAGGAGGCAGCGGCCCCAUCCAGACCCCCUAAGCCUGGCUGACACAUCCGCCCCUCUGCGACCUCGGCCGCUGUGCCUGUUUUCACUCUCAAGGCCAUCAGCCCAACUUCCUGCCUCAGGAAUGCAGAUAUUAGCUCCUUAGUGGCUCGGAGCAUCCCAGAUGGGAGGCAGCGGAUGAGAAACUCUCCUUUUUUUGACAAAGAAACUUAACUCAGGACCUGCCAUGGUGGCAGAGCUGAGUGCCCACCUGGUCACCUGCCCACAGACCUCACCUGCCCCAGUCACCCCCUGGAGCCUGCAGGGACCUCAGGCCUAAGGGAGGCGGCUUCAUUUCCAGCCCGGGGGCUGAGAAGUUUCCCAACAGCACACACAGCCCAGGAUUCAGCCUCUUCCUCUCAGCGUGAAGGCCAGCCCCUCUGUCCAGUGCUCGCUCCCCUCCCCUCCUCACAGAGACAGGUCCGACUUCCCUAAAUCCAUCAUCAACCAAACUGUGUGGGGACCUGACAGCCACAGUGGGAGCCGGGGCUUGCCUGAUGUCCUGGUUCCACCCCAAGUGACAUGUCCCUCUCGCUGGGGCCCCUUCAUGUGACUCUCACCGUCCUCCGCCUUCUGUGCUGGGCUCCACACUAUGUGCGGCCCGGUGCAAAGUCCAGCCUGCGGGCCCCCACAAAAGCUCCAGGUUGUAUUAGAAAGAGUCACUUUGGUCUUUCUCCGGUGCUUUAUGGAUUUUUCUCUGUGCCCUCCAACCCUUCCUUCACCUGCAUGACUCAGCCCCACCUCCCCUAGAGUUGACCUCCAAGAUCUGCGUUAAUACAGCCGGCCUGGGAAGAGGAGGCGUGAACCCUGCUUCCCCAGCUCCCACCUCCCUUCACCCAGCUAGGGAACUGCAGAGGUCUCGGGCUUUAAGUGGGGUGCGGUACGCUUUGAAAAGUGAACCAAUUAGAAAACAAUGUUAAGUUUUUUUAUUUCACCCAUCAAGAAUAUCAGGCCAAACAACUGUGGACUUGUAAAUGUCCCCCGUUCUCGGUCCUGGGCCUGUUUUCCUUUCACAGCAAGCCUUUGCUGGCCCCUGAGUGUGUUGACUGGAAACUGCCACGUGGAUGAGGAUUUGCAGAUCUGGGCCUGUCAGGCUCCCUCCCUCGGGCCUUCGGGAGCUCAGGGUGUUGCUCUGGGGGUGUCCUGUCCAGCUCUUGUGCCUGGGAGCCGAGGUGAAUUUCCUGGGUGGGCAGCUCUUCUCAUGUGACCGGCAGGUCCAACAGCUGUGUGAUCAGGCACAAGGAGACAGAGAUGCCCAGGGAGUGCGGGUCUCUGUCGUGUGCCUGCUCCUUCCUCCGGCGGCCUGCUUCUUGUUUUUCUUCAUCCUGUGCCUUCAGGCCCCGCUGAGCGAGCAGUCCUUGCAAGCUGCUUGAAGAGCUUUUCCCCACCCACGGGGGCCGCCAGGACCGGUGGUGCAGAGGGGAGGCUGGUUUAACGUAAGUGAAGGAAAAGCUCUAGCACUCAAAGCCAUCCAAGAGGGGAGCAGGCCACCACAGCAAGAGAGCGCGCUGUCCCUAAAGAGACUUUGCAGACUUCUGGGAGGGGACCCACCCCAGUCUUUCCAGCUGAGGAACUCGCACCCCGGUCAGUGAUGGCUUUGUCUCUUUGGCAUCUAACAGUGACCUGCGGCCCCACAUGUCACCUAAUUCUGAGAGGACAGUGAUCCUCCCCCGGUCAUGGCCACGGGGACUUAGGGCUUUCCAGCAGUCCCUUUCCAGGGACGGAGUCUAGGAAAACCCCACCUUGGGGCGCUCUCCCUGCAGACAGUGCUGUCUCCUUCCCCAGCACCCAUCUCACCCCUCUCCCCUCAUCAUCUGCCAUCUCUUUCCCGAGCCCCUUCCGUGCCUUCCUCUCGCAGAAUGUGGAAUGGAAAUUUAUAUUUUAACAUUGCCCCCCGCCAUGUAAUUCAUUGCCUCAUUCCCUGCUCUGAAUUUUAAAAUUAGAUAAAUUAAAGCUGUUAUGUGUUUUCCCUCACAGAUAUCAGCAGAACUCUCCCAGCCUAGGCAGGGGGCACCUCCUGACUUCCAUCUUUACCAUUCUCAGGGCCACCUGCAGGUCCCCCCUUGGAAAAGGGACAAGAAAUACAGGACGCCAGAAAGUGCCUUGCAAGCCCGCCGCUAGAGGGCGCCAGUUCCCUUCAGUAAAGGUUUGAGGUCCGCGCAGCUGGUGGGAACCCCUAGGACAGACCUCUCAGAUCUGUCCCCAUCUGUCCCUCUGCCUUCCUGCUCUGGCCCCCGGCUCUUUGGGGUGUUUUUCUUCAUUUCCUUGAGUACUGUAUCAUUCACUCAUUCCCAGGGUUUACAUUCACUGCUUUAAACAGUAGCUUUAUGAAAGGACAGAAAAUGGGAGACACUGGUUUGGCUUUUUUUUAAGCAGGCCAUUUGGCAGCAAGGGAAAUCUAGACAUUACUGUACUAAGCCAAUGUUUUCGCCUUUUUCCACUAACGUCUUUCUGGUAGAGUUGGGAUAAUAAUUUUCAAAAGAAGAAGACAUAAAUAGAGAAGAUAAAAGAUGACCCAAAGUUAAACCAGGAUGAAUAAUCUGUAUCAGCCCAGUAGGUGGAGACCAACAUCUGGUCUUUGCCAUUUUUAAGAUGGUUUAGAUGGGGAAAUAGAUGCUUUACUGGAAACUUUGGAUGACAUGAAAUUGGAGAGCCAAUGGCUUAGCUAACAGGUCCUGGAUCUAAACAGAUCAAGACUAGAUUAAAACUCAGAUCUUAACAGCUCACCAGGAAGCAAUAUAAAGAUCUACCUUUGGAUUUUUAAAAAAGGUUAGGAGAUGUAUUUCAGCUGACAAAGCUCAAGAAAGUGGGAUGGAGCCACUCAAAAAUAAAACUCACAAGAUGUUUAGGUGACAUGAGGAGAACACACAGGCACCAUGUUUCAUCUAGGACUGUAGAGCUGCACUUUAGGAGACUGUUGAUGCUGUGUAAUGUCCAGGUGGGGACGUCCAGGGUGGAAAGGGCCUCGUGAGGGUGUGGGACCUGGAGAAGAACUCAGCACAAUGAGAGCUGUCCUAGGCCUGGGAGUGAGAAGCUACAGGGAGCCAGAUGUCUGCUCUUACAGAAGAACCAAGCUUCAGCGUCAGAGGGCUUGUGGCAGUGGUGACUGGGCCAUCCUUGGAAGUGUCACCAAGCCAGAUGGCCGGCCAUGGGUCAGGAGAGGGUCCCAGACAUUGGCUGUGAAUCUUGAUGUUCAAGGUCAUUUCCAAGUCUGGGCUCUGGUGCUUAUGUUAGUAGAAUGGCUUUAUGUGAGCUUUAAGUGUGCGAACCACAUAUGUCCUGUCCUAUUCCUAUCUUUUGCCACCAUGUUGACCAUUUCAGACCCAUCAGUGCCUCCAUCCCCUAAGCUGAGUGUGGCCUCCUAUCUCUGAGAACCACUGGUACCUUGGCCAGAGCUGCCCUGUCUGGUCCUGUGUCACAGGGGACAUAGAUAGGAUGUGGCCAGGGAGGCAGCACGUCCAUGGGCCAGGAGCCCUUUACCUCCUGUCAGUCUCUCUCAGCUCUUUACUUUCCUCUACCUCUGCUGGAACAAAGUGAUUCUGUCAGCUCUGAACCAGCCCUGAUUCUUGGUUCUACCUAGAUUCCCCUUGUCCUGUGGAACAGUGACCACUAGACAAUGGCAACUUCUGGCCAUCGUUCUCAGCAUCUCCCAGACCGUGAGCCCCUGCUCGGUGCAAGGAAACCCCUUCUGGUACCUAAACAAACCCCCAGCUGCCUUGCCUCCUGCUCCACCAUUCAGUUUGACAGAAGGAUAUACUUUGUGAUAACUUAUUAUGUUUUUCUUUGUAAAUACAAGAUGUUUAUAGGAAAUACUUAUUCUGAACUCUACUGCAGAGUAAGUCACUACACCAAAAUAGUUCUAUUAUUUAGAGUAUGUUAAUAUUAAAGGGACCGAAUAGGUAUUUAUUUGCAUAUACUAUCCACACUUGUAUAAAACCAUCUGACCAUACUAACCAGCUUCCUACUCCACACUGCCUUAUCCUAAGUCAAUCUUUACCAUCGUUUAGUACCCGAAUGAGUCAAACUCCUUGGGGUUUAAGAUCGAAUAUAAAUUACUCUGUUUUCUGACUGUUUGGGGGCUUUCACCCCAACAUCGUUCCAUCUUUAACACUGUAUUUUCUUGUAUAAUCUGCCUUCUCUGUGUCCCCACACAUUUGGGGACCCAACCUGUCCCACAUUCUUCUUGUCCCUCCUUGUGUCAUCUGCUGUUAGGCUGGCCAGGGUCAGAGCUGCAGAUUGGGUGGGGAGAGGCUUGGAGGCCUGUGGCUCCAAUGGGGCCCAGGGAGACCAGGUCAUCCUGUGGCUGCAUUGCCAGGAGCAAGAGGCCAGGAUCCCCCUCCAUACUCAGUCCACCCCAGGCUCCUGUGCGGCAUGAAAUGGGGUGGACAGUAGGUGGUGGAUUAUAUGAGUAAAUAUGGCCUGUUUUCAGUAAAAAUGACAACUAUUUUUGUGUAUGACUAAUUUAUUUUUAUUGUAAAAAUACAAUAAACUGCUUAAAAGAUCUGUUACCGCA